GGCUGCUUUCCAAAUACUCUCAAUGUUGAGGUUGUGUUUUUUCAUUUGUUUUGUGGCAUACUGUGUGAGAGCAGGUCAAGAAUGUCCUAAAUUCACAGAUCUUAAUUUUGGCAAUGCUGUGAUUGGCACAGAUGUGAAGGUGAAACUGCUUUUGUACACACGAAGAAAUAACGACUGUGCUGAGCUUCUUGAUGAACACAAUAUAACAACUUCUACACAUUUUAAUGUAACCAAGAAUAUUGUUUUUAUCAUCCAUGGGUAUAGAUUUACAGGUUCUCCUCCAAUAUGGAUUGAUACAAUUAAAGAUCUUCUGCUUGAAAAAGAAGAUUUCAACAUCAUUAUAGUAGAUUGGAAUCGGGGUGCAACAACAUUGAAUUAUUUUGGUGCUGUUUCUAGCACGAAGAAAGUAGUACCCAGCUUAACACAUCUUAUUGAUCAAAUGUUGGAGAAUGGUGUUGCUAUUGAUUCUAUUUAUAUGAUUGGUGUAAGCCUAGGGGCUCAUAUAGCUGGAUUUGUUGGGAAGACAUAUAAUGGCAAAAUUGGAAGAAUUACAGGUCUUGACCCAGCAGGUCCAUUGUUUGCCAGAAAGCUGGCUAAUGAGAGGCUGGAUCAUACUGAUGCCCAGUUUGUGGAUGUCAUUCAUUCUGAUACUGAUGGCUUUGGUAUCAAGGAGUCUUUGGGAAACAUUGAUUUCUAUCCAAAUGGAGGAACAGAUCAGCCCGGAUGUCCAAAGACAAUACUUAGUGGAGCAUCUUAUUUCAAAUGUGAUCACCAGAGAUCUGUUUUUUUGUAUAUGUCAUCUUUACAACAUAAGUGUGAUAUAACUGCAUAUCCUUGUGAAUCGUAUAAAGAUUACAGGAAUGGAAAAUGUGUGAGCUGUAAUUUUAAAUCGCCCCCAUGCCCAGUAUUAGGAUACUAUGCUGAUAAAUGGAAGGAUCAUUUACUUGAAAACAAUCCUCCCAUGACAACAGCUUACUUUGAUACUUCAGACAAAGAUCCAUUUUGCAUGUAUCAUUAUUCUUUGGAUAUUAUUACAUGGAAUAAAGCACUGGAGAGGUUUCAUAAAUAUAAAAUAACAGAUAAUUCAGGAAAUACAGUAGAAUCCACAAUUAAUAGUGAUGCCACUGUAUUUCAACAAUAUAGACAAACAAAGAUACUUGCUGGAUUUUAUCUGGAUUUUGGAAACAUUUCAGCAAUUGCUUUGACAUUUUCUACAAGGAAUACAGUGGGCCCCAAGUACAAGCUUAGAGUUCUCGAAAUGAGAUUAAAAUCUCUUUAUAUCCAGAAAGUACUUGUGGAAAAUGUUGAAAACUUUACACCUAUCCCAUGCUAUGAGAUAAAUAUGCAAGACAAUUGAUUAUUUCAGGAUAUUGCAUACAAGUAAAAUUAAAAGACCAACAUGAACUGGUAACAAGUUUAAUUGGCUCCCUUCAAGAAAGUUAAUUUGCCAAUUUUAUGAUUACCUCUGAAGAUCACAGAAUGAACUUUUAAAAGAAAUUAAGAUAUUUUUCAUGUGCCUAGUUGCAUAUGUUAGCAAUCAAUUUCUAGUUAAAAAGCACUCAGAGCUGUGAAUUAUUUUUUGAGAAGAUUUCAAUUUCAG